AACGAUUUGACCUUCAGAACCAAUGCUUCCUUCAUUAUAUCUUCAACGCCAGAAACUGAAAGCCUCAAAGCCAUGGAUUUGUGUCCUAAGAAGGGAAUCCAGAGGAAGAAAGCCACCCCGCAGCAGUUCCAAGCUUUUGGUUUCCAGCCAACUCUGUUCUCAGAUGCCGAAGAGGAAAGACAGAGAAGAAGAGUCAACCUCGCAGAUGAUCCUUCCAACAGAGCGAUGGUCCAGAUAGAUCUUCAUCUUCUCCCACCAGAGAUUCUGCUCGAAAUCCUAUCAAGACUCCCGAUCACCUCUCUGAUCCACUUCAGGACCACUUCCCAUGCCGGCUAUGAUUUAAUCACCGAUCCAAGACUCCCUCUGAUGUUCCGUAAUGGUGUAAGCGACUCAGAUCCAUGUCUGAUUCUGUUCAACUACAAUUCCCCUGUCUCCUGGGCCUUGCAACUCUAUUUUGUGGAUAGAGUGGGUUGUAGUAGAAGGGUUUGGAAAAUCGAUCCACCACAGCAUUCAAAAGUUCAUAAUCUGGUGGGUUCUUGUAACGGGCUGUUAUGCUUAUCCUUAAUCGGUGGUUUAUCGGUGUCUCAGAGUCUGCUAAUUUACAAUCCUUUUGUUGGAGACGCUGUGAGAGUCCCACCAGCGCAUCGAUUUGUGAAUCAAAGAGAAGUCUUUGGAUUUGGGUUUCAUCCGAGGUCAGGAGAAUUCAAGGUGGUCAGUAUUGUGACGGGAGUAGACCGUGCGGUUCGGGUGUUUACCAUAGGAACAACAAAGUGGAGAAAUAAAGGAGCUCCGCCUCCUCAAUUGGCAUAUGGAAUCGGACCACCUGAGGCUCUAGUUGAAGGAUCUCUCCAUUGGGUGACUGUUGUUGGGAUGGAAGGAGACGGUCCUAUCUUUGGCAUUAUCUCCUUCGAGCUUGCAGAUGAGGUGUUUGAAGAAAUUCCGCACCCACCUUGUCAACUAUUUGUGUCACGUAGGUACCGUCUUUCCGUGCUCAAUGGGUGUCUAUGGGCUGUUAGGUUAGUUGAAAAUGGGCAUUUUGACAUCUGGGCGAUGAAGCAAUACCAUGUUAAGGAAUCUUGGGUAAAACAAUUCUCCUUUGAUCCCUCUUUUGCUGAUGGAUGGCCGAGCGACUCAAGAAUAUUCCCCGAACUUAUAUGUGCACUGAAGAAUGGUGAGAUUCUGUUACAGUACAACAACAGUUCUCUGGUUUCUUAUGAUCCUGUGGAAAACAGAUUCAAGACUCUUCAAAUGAGUGGGUUACCCAAUUGGUUCCAGGCACUUCCUUUUCUACCUUCUCUUUUCUCAGCAAAAGCAACCAUGAAUUUACCAGUUCUAUGCAAACAAGAAAGAGAGGAAAAGAGAAAAGAAAGGGCAAGAAGCGAUGGUGACUGUCCACACCACAGAUCAGAGGUUCAGGUGUUUACCAUUGGAACAACAGAGUGGAGGAAGAAGGGAGCUUCACCAUUUCUAUUUGAAUCAAAACGACCAGAGGCUCUGGUGGAAGGGUCACAGCAUUGGGCUCCUCCAAGCCUGGGCUACCCCUGCAUCAUCUCUUUUGAGUUGGCUGAGGAAGCUUUCAGAAAAUCCCACUGCCUUGUAUUGGAUUUUACUUUACAGGUUAUCAUCUUUGUGUGUUUAAUGGGUGUCUAUCUGUUGCUGGAUUCAUCCAUGGUGGCCAAUUGGACAUCUGGGUGAUGAAGGAAUACAAUGUGAAGGAAUCUUGGGUAAAAGAAUUCUGUAUUACAACAAAUUAUGUUCCUUUGUUCUUCUUUGAUGGGCAGAAUAGUGCUCCUCUAGGAAUGUUGAUUGAAGAUACUGCUUCGAGCUGGGUGGGAAGAUGCAUACGGGUUUUACGUGUCUUGAAGAACGGUGAGAUUAUGUUGGAGUGUAACAAGAAAGCUCUGGUUUCUUA